UGUAGUGGCGGCGGCGGCAGCAGCGCGGCCGUGGCGGGCGGUUUAUUACGCUGUUUGCCGCGCCCGCCCGCCCCGCUCUCAGCGCCCGCCCGCCCCGCGGGCCAUGGCGCCCGUUCGCCACCGCAAAGUGCUCAUCCUCGGGUACCGCGCCGUGGGUAAGACCUCCUUGGCUCACCAGUUUGUGGAGGGGAAGUUCGUGGAGUGCUACGAGCCCACAGUGGAGAGCACCUACAACAAGGUGGUCGUGGUGGGCAAGGAUGAGUUCCAGCUCCAGCUGGUGGAUACGGCCGGGCAGGAUGAAUACAGCAUCCUCCCUCACUCCUUCGUCAUCGGCAUCCACGGCUACGUCCUGGUGUACUCCGUAACGUCCCUUCGGAGCUUCCAGGUGGUGAAGACCCUUCACACUAAGCUCUACGAGAGCCGCGGGAGGACGCGCAUGCCCGUGGUGCUGGUGGGGAACAAGGCGGACCUGGCCCUGCAGAGCCGGGAGGUGAGGACGGAUGAAGGGAAGAAGCUGGCGGAGUCGUGGGGGGCUGUGUUCCUCGAGUCCUCGGCCAAGGAGAACCAGGUGACCCAGGGCAUCUUCCUGAGGAUCAUCGAGGAGAUCGCCCGGGUGGACAACUCCUACGGCGGGUCGGCCAGCUGCCGCCUGAUGUGAGCCCCCCCAGCGGGGCACAAUUCCCAUGGGGUCCCCCCCCCCCAACCCCGGGAUCCAGGACUCUGGGGGUCCCCACUUUUGUCCGGGACCCCUCCCUUUGCACAGGAUGGGGGCUCACGGGAGGCUGUGAGUGGGGGGCACCUGUCCCAGAUGGGGG